AUGGAAAUUGAAUUUUGUAAACCUAAUAUCUCAGAUAAAAAUAUUGAUGCAAUAGGCACCAAAAAUUGUUUGUAUUGCAAUAUACUUUUUACUGAAGAAUUAUGGUGUAAAGAAUGUAUUAAUUCUUUAGAAAAAUUAGCAGAAAAUGAUACUGACUACCAAUGGUGCCAACAAUGUAAUACUAAGCGAUUUCAACAAGAUUUUUCAAAGUGGACUAGUAAAAAUAAAUUUAUUGAUGAAUUUGUUCAAGGAACACAGCUAAAUGCCAAAAAUUGUUAUGAAAUUUUAGAGUGGAUACCUUAUAACAAAUUGUCAAAUAUUAAUUAUUAUGAUAAAGGAGGAUUUAGUGAAAUUCAUAAAGCUAUUUGGUCAGAUGGACCUAUUUUUAAUUGGAAUUUUGAUAAACAACAAUGGAAUAGACAAACAUGUUAUGAAGUUGUUCUUAAAAUACUUAAUAAUUCAUCAAGUUUAAAUAGUGAAUUUCUGAAUGAGUGGAAAUAUCAUUAUAAUUGUCAGAAAAAAUCAUUUUCAAAAUUUAUUCAGUUCUUUGGAUUUACCCAAGAUCCAAAUAAUUUAAAUUAUAUUAUAGUAAUGAGUUAUGCAAAAAAAGGAAGUUUGAGAAAAUGCUUAUCUGAUAUAAUUAAAAUCAAAUGGCAAGAUAAGUUACAAUUAUUGAAAAAAAUCAUAUUAGGACUUAAAGUAAUGCAUGAAUCAAAUUUAAUUCAUGGUGAUUUUCAUGAUGGUAAUAUUUUAAUGUCAGAUGAUUACAAUGAGUUAUUUAUUAUUGAUUUAGGAUUAUGCAAACCUAUAAGUGAUUUAAAAGAUUCUGAUAAUAAAGUUAAUGAAGUUUAUGGAGUUUUACCUUAUAUGGCGCCUGAAAUAUUAAGAAAAAAGCCCUAUACUCCAGCAAGUGAUAUUUAUAGUUUUUCAAUGAUAAUGUGGGAAUUUACAUCAGGCAUCCCUCCAUUUAGCCAUGAAGCACAUGACUAUCACUUUAUCUUGAGUGUUUAUGAAGGGAAACGUCCUAAAAUUGUGAAAAAUACUCCAAAAUGUUAUAUAGAAUUAAUGAAAAAAUGUUGGGAUUUAAAUCCUACCAAUAGGCCGACCAUAUUAAUGCUUGAAAAUAUUAUAUCUGAAUGGAUUAGAUGUAUUAAUGAAUAUUAUAAAGUAAAUAUGGAUGGAAAUUACAAAUUUAUAGUACCUAAUAUUGAUGGUCAAUUAAAAAAUGAUAUGUUAAAAUUUGUAGAAGCAAAUAAAGCUUUAGUAGAAGAAAAAGCAAAUACUUCUAUGAUACAAUAUCAUUCGCAGGCAUGUUAUACAAGUCGCAAACUUACUGAAAUUUUAGUUCAAGAAGGGUCUCAGGGUUUUGAUUGUAUGAUUGAAGAUUAA